GUGUCAGGUUUCCCGGAAGCGGCUCUGGCGCCCGCACGGUGCUGCUGAGCCGGGGAAGCCGUUGCUGCCCGGCAGCCCCACGCCUGUUGCACGCCGGUCCACAGAGCGCCCGAGGCAGCGGCAGCAGCAGCAGCAGGUGACAGAGCAGCGGCUGGCGCGGCCGGGGCAGGGGGAUGGAGGCGCCGCGGCGGGAGGAGAAGCCCAACCCCCUGCGGGCUGCCAACUUCUGCUCCCGGCUCUUCUUCUGGUGGUUGAAUCCUUUAUUUGUUACUGGUCACAAACGAAAGCUUGAAGAAGAUGAUAUGUAUAAAGUGCUGGCUGAAGAUUCGUCAGAGAGGGUUGGAGAGGAGUUGCAAUGGUACUGGGAUAAAGAGGUGCAAAAAGCUAAAGAAGAAGCAAGAACGCCAUAUUUAACAAAAGCAAUCAUACUUUGUUAUUGGAAAUCCUAUUUAGCUUUGGGAUUGUUCACACUGAUCGAGGAAACGCUCAAAGUAAUUCAACCAGUCUUUUUGGGAAAAAUUAUUAAUUAUUUUGAAAUUUUUGAUCCCCUUGAUACUGCUGCUUUGAAUUUUGCCUACGGCUAUGCAGCUGCUUUGUCUGUAUGUACAUUGAUUUUAGCCAUAACACACCACUUAUACUUUUAUCAUGUACAACGGGCUGGCAUGAAGUUGAGAGUAGCGAUGUGUCACAUGAUUUAUCGGAAGGCACUUCGUCUCAGUAACACAGCUUUGGGAAAAACUACCACAGGUCAAAUAGUAAAUCUUUUAUCAAAUGAUGUGAACAAAUUUGAUCAGGUAACAAUUUUCUUACACUUUUUAUGGGCUGGACCACUUCAAGCUAUAGCAGUAACUGUUCUUCUCUGGAUUGAAAUAGGCCCAUCAUGCCUUGCAGGAAUGGCAAUUCUGAUUAUUCUACUUCCUUUACAAACCUGUAUUGGGAGGUUGUUUUCUUCACUAAGGAGCAGAACUGCAGCUUUGACAGAUGCCAGGAUUAGGACAAUGAAUGAAGUCAUAGCUAGUAUGAGGAUAAUAAAGAUGUAUGCCUGGGAAAAAUCAUUUUCAGAAUUAGUUAGCAGUUUAAGAAGGAAGGAGAUUUCCAUGGUUCUUAAAAGCUCCUAUCUUCGAGGAUUGAACUUGGCAUCGUUCUUUGUUGCAAGCAAAAUAACAGUUUUUCUGACUUUCAUGACAUAUGUCCUACUUGGCAAUGUUAUUUCUGCAAGUCGGGUGUUCAUGGCGGUGUCACUAUAUGGUGCAGUGAGACUGACUGUCACUCUCUUCUUCCCUGCGGCUGUUGAGAGAGCAUCUGAGGCAAUGAUCAGCAUACGACGAAUCAAGAACUUUCUAAUACUUGAUGAGGUUUCACAGUUCAAUCUGCAAUUGGAGAAUAGCAACGAAAAUGUCCUACUUCAUGUUCAAGACUUGACUUGUUAUUGGGAUAAGAGUUUGGAAAUCCCAACCCUUCAGCAACUUUCUUUUACUGUCAGACCAGGAGAAUUAUUGGCUGUGAUUGGCCCUGUAGGAGCUGGGAAAUCAUCUCUCUUAAGUGCUGUACUCGGCGAACUGCCUAAAGACAAAGGUUUGAUGGAUGUUAGAGGAAGAAUAGCCUAUGUUUCUCAGCAGCCAUGGGUAUUUCCUGGCACCGUGAGAAAUAAUAUACUAUUUGGCAGAGAAUAUGAGAAAGAAAAGUAUGAAAAAGUUCUAAAAGUUUGUGCUCUUAAAAAAGACAUGGGAUUGUUAGAAGAUGGUGACCUAACCAUGAUAGGAGAUCGUGGAGCUACAUUGAGUGGUGGACAGAAAGCCCGUGUAAAUCUUGCUAGAGCAGUGUAUCAGGAUGCAGACAUCUACCUCUUGGAUGAUCCACUGAGUGCAGUAGAUGCAGAAGUUAGCAGACACUUAUUUGAAAAGUGUAUUUAUCAGGCCUUGCACCAAAAGAUCUCUAUUUUGGUGACUCAUCAGUUGCAGUACCUCCAUGCGGUAAACCAGAUUUUGAUUUUAAAAGCGGGUAAAAUGGUGGGGAAAGGGACCUAUUCAGAAUUCCUGAGUUCUGGAAUCGAUUUUGCUUCCCUUCUGAAAAAAAAUGAAGAGGUUGAACAGUCACCAAUUCCUGGAAUCUCCACUAUGAAGUUAGCAAGGAACCGUACAUUUUCACAGUCCUCUGUCUGGUCACAAGAUUCCUUGGUGCAGUCACAGAAAGAUGGAGCAAUAGAACAGCCACCUACUGAACCUUUGGUGACUGCACUGCCAGAAGAGAGCCGGUCUGAGGGAAAAAUAAACUUCAAGAUUUACAGGAAAUAUUUUGCUGCUGGAGCAAACUACUUUGUAAUUUUCAUACUUUUACUUCUAAAUAUUUUGGCACAGGUUGCUUAUGUGCUUCAGGAUUGGUGGCUUUCAUACUGGUCAAACCAGCAAGAAAAGCUGAAUGUCACAUCACAUGGAAAUAGUGGAAUAAAUGAGACUAAACAUCUAGAUCUUAGCUUGUAUUUAGGAAUUUAUGCAGGUUUGACUAUGGCGACAGUACUUUUUGGCAUAGUGAGAAGUCUGUUGGUAUUCACAGUUCUUGUGAAUGCUGGUCAAACUUUGCACAACAAAAUGUUUCAGUCACUUUUGAAAGCUCCAGUGUUGUUCUUUGACAGAAACCCUAUAGGGAGAAUUUUAAAUCGUUUCUCCAAAGAUAUUGGCCAUCUGGAUGAUUUGCUUCCACUGACAAUUUUAGACUUCAUACAGACUCUCCUUCAGAUUUUUGGCGUAGUAGCUGUGGCUGUGGCAGUGAUUCCUUGGAUACUCAUCCCUUUAGUUCCACUUUGUAUUCUUUUCAUUUUUCUUCGACGGUAUUUCUUAGACACAGCAAGAGAUAUUAAACGUCUGGAGUCCACAACUCGAAGUCCAGUGUUCUCCCACUUGUCAACAUCUCUCCAGGGACUUUGGACAAUUCGUGCUUUCAAAGCAGAGCAAAGAUUCCAAGAAUUAUUUGAUGCUCACCAAGAUCUUCACUCAGAGGCUUGGUUUCUGUUUUUGACUACCUCCCGAUGGUUUGCUGUGCGGCUGGAUGCCAUCUGUGCCAUCUUUGUUAUAGUGGUUGCCUUUGGUUCCCUGCUUCUCGCAAAGACUCUGGAUGCAGGACAGGUUGGCUUGGCAUUGUCCUAUGCAAUCACGCUCAUGGGAAUGUUCCAGUGGGGAGUUAGGCAAAGUGCUGAAGUUGAAAAUCUGAUGAUCUCAGUAGAAAGAGUAAUGGAAUACACAGAACUUGAAAAGGAAGCUCCUUGGGAGUCCAACAAACAUCCACCAGCUGAAUGGCCAAGCCAAGGAGUGAUAGCCUUUGAAAAUGUUAACUUCACUUAUAGCUUAGAUGGACCCUUGGUGUUGAGGCACUUGUCUGUUCUAAUUAAAUCAAAAGAAAAGGUUGGAAUUGUGGGAAGAACAGGAGCUGGAAAGAGCUCUUUGAUAGCAGCUCUCUUUCGGUUGGCUGAACCCAAAGGACGAAUUUGGAUUGAUAAGUACUUAACAUCAGAACUAGGACUUCAUGACUUGCGAAAGAAAAUUUCAAUCAUACCUCAGGAGCCCAUUCUGUUUACUGGAACGAUGAGAAAAAACUUGGAUCCUUUCAAUGAAUACACUGAUGAAGAGCUGUGGAAUGUCUUGGAAGAGGUUCAACUGAAGGAGGCUGUGGAAGAACUUCCUGAUAAAAUGGAGACACAGUUGGCAGAAUCUGGAUCUAAUUUUAGCGUCGGUCAGAGACAGCUCGUGUGCCUUGCCAGGGCAAUUCUCAAAAAAAAUCAAAUUCUGAUUAUUGACGAAGCAACAGCAAAUGUGGACCCAAGAACGGAUGAGUUAAUUCAAAAGACAAUUCGUGAAAAGUUUGCCCAGUGCACUGUGCUGACCAUUGCACACAGGUUAAACACCAUUAUCGACAGUGACAAGAUUAUGGUUUUAGAUGCAGGAAGACUGAAAGAAUAUAAUGAGCCAUACAUCUUGCUACAAGAAAAAGAGAGCCUGUUCUACAAGAUGGUGCAACAAGUGGGCAAGGCUGAAGCUGCUGCUCUGAUUGAAACAGCAAAACAGGUCUACUUCAGUAAAAAUUACCCAGAAAUUAUUCAGAAUGGUCAAAUUGUCACAGAUUCUUCAAAAGAUGUUGCCUCAGGAUUAAUCAUUUAUGAAACUGCACUGUGAUCCAGCGUAGACAUGAUUGCUUUCUGUAGAAUGCAAACCUGAAACCAUCUAAACUGGAUGACUGACAGUGUUUAGAGGGGAGCUUUUUGCACUAGACAACAAUCAUAUUUAAUGUUUAGAAAAAUGUUUCAUCUCUCUAGCUCUUUAAUUUCAGUGCAAUACAUUUAUCAUUUCCAUCUAAAUAAAUUUCCAUUACUAAAGGAA